AAGGGGGGGUUAGAGGGGUCCAGCAACCGUCAAGUCUGAAAGAGGAAGACCCGCACACCCCCCUGAAGACAACCAGAUGACACUGGACAACAUGAAGUCCGAGAGAGAUGCAACAGAGGAGUUUUUCGAGUAUGACACAGAGGAGUUCCUGGUGUUCCUGACCUUGCUGAUCACAGAGGGAAGGACACCAGAAUAUUCUGUCAAAGGCAGAACUGAGGGGCUGCACUGUCCUCCAGCCCAGUCAGCCAUGCCGCCACUUCACAAACAUGAAUGCAGCGACAAAUUUCCUCAGUGUCGACAAGCAAGGCGAACCCGUUCAGAGGUGAUCCUGCUCUGGAGGAACAACAUCCCCAUCAUGAUCGAGGUCAUGCUGCUGCCAGACUGUUGCUAUGGCGACGAGUGCCCCCCAAGCGACCCCAUCAGUGACCCGGUCAUCAAACAAGACGCGUUGCUGUUGGAGAGGUGGACCCUACAGGCUGUUCCACGACAAAGCGGUGAUCGUUUCAUUGAGGAGAAAACCCUGCUAUUGGCUGUUCGCUCCUACGUCUUCUUCUCCCAGCUCAGCGCCUGGCUCAGCGCCUCCCAUGGUAUCGUCCCCAGAAACAUCCUGUACAGGAUCAGUGCUGCGGAUGAAGAUUUGGUGUGGCAGUUUUCUCAGCCGCCAUCAGAGCACAUUUUUCCUGUCCCAAACGUAUCCCAGAGCGUUGCCUUGCAAGUUCGUGUUCAGUCGCUACCUCGACAGCCCACUUAUCCCACGCUGGCCUGUAGCAUCCACACCGGCCUGCCUCCGAUCUACAGCAAGACCCCCAGCCUCAGCCCAAACCUCAACAGCCAUGGUGGCCUGCCCACCCUCAGAAAGACUCCGGACCCUGGCAAAGACACUGUUCACCACAACGCCAACAUGUACAGCAAGAGCUCCAGCUCUAUGUCUGGCCAUCUCCUCAAUGGUUUACCUGUCCCUAAUCUACCUAUCAACAACAUCCCCGUCAACAGCCUUUCUCACACUGCAGUGCCACACUCGUACAGUAAGAAGGAGCCUGGUGAAAACCACACAUUUCACAACGGAGAGCUCCCCCAGGUCAGCAUGCCCCAAUGUCAGGGCUCACCACUGUUCCGCAGGUCCUCUCACUCCCCUACGCCCUCCCGCUCUCACUCUCCCGUCCCGCUUCCCACAAGCAAAGCAGGAAAGUGGUUGUACUCGACCCUGAAUGGUUCAUCCGACCCCUCGCAGGGGGAUGAAUUUGGUUCCAACAACCCUGAACGGUCAAAGGGGACCAUCCCUGAGCCUCUGAGAACUUUUAAGAAUUUCUCCAUGGCAGAGUCGCCCCGCUGCCCUUCCCCACGGCCUGCUGCAAAUGAGACGAACCCUUUGAUUGGCUCGCUGCUGCAGGAGAGACAAGAAGUUAUCGCUAGAAUUGCACAAAGGCUCAACUUCUGUGAUCCGACCGCACCGCCACUCCCUCCCGGCCUGUUUGCUUCUGACAACCCUCCCAAAGCCAUGUGGGGCAGCAACCAUGACGUCACAGCUGCUGGUAAGACCAAAGAACCUGAAGUACCCCCCUAUGAAUCUGUGGGACGUGCGUGGUCUGGCCCGUUCAACACACCUGUGACUGAAACUAAUUUUGUCAAACGGGAGACGUCCUCCCCUAAACCUGCCGCCUGCAGAAAACUGCAAAUGAACGAAAGCGGAAAGAGAGAGGUGGAGAAGAAAGAAACGGAGACGGUCAGAGAGAAAGACAGAGAUGGCUCCCUCAUUGCACAGGCGGUACAAGACAUUACCAGACUCAUCCAGGAGAGACUCUCCGUCCCCUCUUUGUCCCCCAGACACAGGAGCAGCAGCCCUCUGCACCACAUGUGCACAACAGUCACACAUACAGUGCGCACAUACUCACACACCACACGCAUUCCAGAAGCAUCACACACCGCCAGCAAUGGCUACACCAACGGCCACGUACCCAGCCAUGGACCUCACAGAGACGGCAUGCACAACGCCGCCCUACACAUGCCCAUUUGCACAGACGAGCCCCAAGUUGGACCGAGGACUGAAUGCCAUUCGCCCAGAGUCCAAAAUGGUACCCAGUUUACACUUGAAGAAGCCUCUUUCAACGGCCAGUCCGAUGCCCAGACUGGUCAGUGUCUAAGAGCUUCCCCGCAGAAAAAGCUCAGAGUCAGGACAUUCAGCAGCCAUGAAACCCCCUCUGUUCCCCCUGUUCACGAGACCAUACCAAGAAAUGCCCCAAAUCUGAGUUGGAAUCACAGUGAUGCCAUCCCAGCUAUGAACUGUAACAGAAACAACAACAAGCCUCAGCCUCAGAUCCAGAUACAGAACUGUGUGCCAGCUCAGGGUUCUGCACUGCAGGAUGAGAACCAGGCACCCUCAGAGUCUGGAUCCAACACAUCCAGUCCAGACACAUCUCCAGCUCCAUCAGUCCUUGGUCCUCACUGCCCCUCCUCGCCUCUACGCCCCUGCAACAGCUGGAAGAAACAGAACCGCCACUCAUUAGACGCCACAUCAACCAAGGCCUUCCACCCCUGCACCGGCCUGCCACUGCUCUCCAGCCCCGUUCCUCAGAGGAAAAAUCAAACAGGUUACUUUGACCUGGACAUCUCUCUGACUGGCUGUAAGGGUUUGCCUUGGGCUUCUGGGAAAAGGGUGUGUCCGAAGACAGAAGGGUACACAGAUGAGUCACAGCAGCUGUUCAGCGCCAGCGCUCCACCUGCCAAUCUCAGCCUUCUGGGAAACUUUGAGGAGUGUGUGCUGAACUAUCGCCUGGAGCCUUUAGGCACAGUGGAAGGUUUUACAGCAGAGGUGGGAGCCAGCGGAUCCUUCUGUCCAAGUCACCUGACUUUACCUGUGGAUGUGUUGUUCUACAGCGUCUCCGAUGACAAUGCUCCCUCACCAUACAUGGGUGUGAUAAACCUGGAGGGGAAAAGGGGCUACCGUGUACCUCCAUCAGGAACCAUUCAAGUGACCUUAUUCAACCCUAACAAGACGGUGGUAAAGAUGUUUGUUGUGAUGUAUGAUCUAAGAGCCAUGCCAGCUGGUCACCAGACCUUCCUUCGCCAGAGAACCUUCUCUGUUCCAGUUCGCCGCGACACAAACAAUCAGAGCAGCAGGAAGCCCCUCACCCAGGGCCAAGGCCGCAUCCUGCGCUACCUCGUUCAUCUGAGGUUCCAGAGCUCGAAGUCUGGGAAGCUCUACCUUCACAGUGACAUUCGCCUGCUGUUCUCCAGGAAGUCAAUGGAGGUGGACAGCGGUGCUGCCUACGAGCUCCAGUCCUUCACAGAAUCUCCCAUUGACCCACCAUUUUCUCCUCGCUGCUGAAGUUUUAACGCUUCCAUCUAUCCAGAUGCAUCCAUAACUGAAGCUUCAGUCACACAUCGAUGCCAGCGAUAGACUUUUAUUCAGCCCAUCAGCUCAUGGCUUGAGUUUUGGAAAGAGAUGAGGUUUAUGGAUGGCAGUCAACAGGCCCUACCUGUAGGCCUGUAUCCACAAACAUGAGUUUCAUCCCGUCUGUCACCUGGAACUGGUAGUCGGGUCGGCUAAGAGCAUGAAAGACUCAUCAGAAAUACACCUUGGUCUCUGUUUAGUGCACAACCUUGGACAAGACAUUUGGGUCAAAGUUGGUUAUUGGAAAAGCUUGUGAUGCUAGUCAAAAUAUUACCACAUCUGAAAGGAUUUUCAUUUUCUUAUGCUAUUGGAUUAAUCCUCUCCAGCGUCUGGCAGGAGAGUGGAGGCCAAUGAUUGUCGCCCACAAAAGCAGUUUAGACACUUUAAAUUUGUUCAGAGGAAAUUAGACUAUUUUACUCUGCUGACACGAAUCCAAACAUAAAUCUCUAUUUGUUCACUUUAAAUUCUUAUUACCUCAAGGCAAUGUAUUUUUGUUGGUAAGAUUCCAAAUGUCCUUGAAUAUUAGACUGAUUCAGCUAAAAGUGAACUCGAAUACAGAGUUGUGUGACCCUGUGAGCUCGGAGCCGAGGGAGUGUACGUGGAAGGGAAACCGGGUGCCAGACUGUAGUGCAACACAUCCCAUGGACCACUGAAGAAGUCGAACAAGCAAUCACCAGGAGUUUACCAAAAGACAUCACAGCAGGACAUCAGAAGUGCACUGUGGAUUAUUAUUUUUCAUUAUAACUGGAAAUAAAACAGAGAAGUCAUAUUCUAAUACUUUUGUACUGUUACAAAACCACUUUAUUGGAAAUGUUGCAAUAGAAAAAAGUAACGUUAGUUUAGUGUUUACACAUUCAUUUUCAGUUUACCUGCCAUCAGUUUAUUUAAUAUUUAAAUUAAUAUUUCAGUUACUACUUGUGUUGU